AUGGUGGAACAUGGAGAGCUCCUUUACCCCUCCCUUACCCGGGUCAGCAGUCACCUUAUCCGAAUUUCCAGAGACAUAUCAAAUCAUGAAAAACAAAUUGUAGAGGCAAGAAAAUGCUCAGUGAAAAAAGGACUUCAGAAGUUUAAUAUUGAAUGUUCCAUGAACUCAGAAGCAAAUGAGCCUUAUGAGCUACAACUAGGGUUUGGAGGCACAAGUACACUAGAUAAAGUGGGUUCAGGUGGGGGCCUGAGGGCUAUGAUUGCACUGCAGGGAAUACUGGGAGAGCUGCAGGAACAACAUCUGCUAGAUAUAGUGAUGUAUCUUUGUGGAGUGUCAGGUUCUACAUGGUGUAUGUCAUACAUUUAUGAACAUGAAGAAUGGGGAAAACAGCUAUCAAGUUUGGAAGAUAAGCUGUGUCACAAACUGGUAAAUCCACACAGGGACUGGAACAAAGCCUUAAAAAGCCUGGUUGAGUCAAGUAAAGAUGACACAUACUCCUUAACUGAUUUCUGGGGUAUCGUUGUAGUUUACAUAAUAAUGCAUGAACUGGAUGAUCAUCAUCUGUCUGAUGAACAGAAGAUUUGUAAGAAUGGGAUAGUGCCUUACCCAAUCUAUGCAGCAGUAGAUGCAACCAAAUUAGAUGCUGCUGCAAAUCAAAUCCAUUCAGAUAUCUGGUUUGAAUUUACACCACAUGAGGCUGGAUUCUUUAACCCUGGAGAAUUUGUGGAUGUGACUUUCCUUGGAAGCAAGUUUGAGAAUGGUGAACUGAAAGAAAAGAAGAAUGAAAUGAAAAUGACUUAUCUGAGAGGAUUAUGGGGAAGUGCUGUUGCAAAUUUCAAAGAAGACAUGACAGUUUUAAUAGGUAUAUGGGACAUCAUAAAAUGUAUGUACAAAACUCUUACUUGCAUCCUUAAAUGGAAAUGGGGAAACAUCUAUACUUACAAAUACAUUGACCUGAAGGACAAAAACUUGACUGAUAAGACAGAUAUUCAGUUGGCAGAUGCUAGCAUAGUCAUAAAUUCUGCUUACCCCCUUAUCUUACGCCCAGAAAGAAAAGUGGAACUCAUUUUGUCUUUUGAUUUUAGUGACGGAGAUCCUUUCGAAACUAUCAAGAAAACAAAUCAAUACUGCGAAGAAAACAAGCUUCCAUUUCCUGAAAUUGAUGCCCAAAAUUUAGACAAGGAUAAAGACAACCCUGGAGACUGUUACAUCUUCAAAGGCAAUGGUUGUCCAACUGUCAUGCACUUUCCACUUUUCAACAAAGUGAAUUGUGGAGGUAACAUAUCAGACUGGCGCAAUAGGUAUAAGACCUUCAGCCUAUCUUACCCAGAGCAAGACAUCAAAAAUCUUCUAGAAGCAACAAAAAAAAAUGUGAAAAAUAAUACUAAAAAUAUCCUGCAAAUGUUGAAAGCUGUAGCAAAUCCUUAA